AAGACGACGAACCAGUAACCAGCCUGAAACGAACCGGUUAACUAGUUUCAGUGACUCCGUGUUUCUCGGCCAGUUGGUCUGCGUGUUCAGUCUCAGCUGCUGUUUGUCGAUCGCAGUCUGACCCGGCGCUUUUUACUUCUUCUCUUCUGGCCCGGAGCUGUCCACGGUGCUGAAAGAUGAACCAAAGCGCAGGAGCGGUGCAGCACACGCGGAGGUACUCGGUGGAUGACAAGGACAUUGGGUCUAUUGGACCUGACAGAAACUGGAAGGGAAUUGCCAUCUCUCUGCUGGUUAUCCUAGUGGUGCUCUCACUUAUUGGGCUGUCUAUCGUUCUGCUGUCCAAAGACAAUGGUGGUAAACCCCUUGGUUCACAGUUGACACUGGAUGACCUCUUUCAAAGAAAAUUCCAAGUACACGAUCCUGAUGCAAAGUGGAUCAGUGAGGAAGAAAUCAUCUUUCGGAGCUGGGACGGAGAUGUUUUCAAAGUCAACGUAUACAGAAAUGAGACAGAACUCUUGCUGAAAAACACAACAUUUAUAACUUUUAAGGCCUCGAAGUUUGCAGUCUCCCCUGAUCUGAACUUUAUUCUUUUUGGAUAUGACGUCAAGCAGGUCUACCAGCACUCUUCCUUAGCAUCGUACCUCAUCUACAACAGAUAUACAAGGGAGGUGCGGGAGCUAAAUCCACCAGAAGUGUCGGAUUCAGUCCUCCAGUUUGCUUCAUGGGGCAUUCAGGGACAACAGUUGAUGUACAUAUUUGAAAACAACAUCUACUACCAAACAGAUGUGCAGAGUAGCUCGUGGAGGCUCACGUCCUCUGGGCAGGAGGGGGUCGUCUUCAAUGGCAUCGCAGACUGGCUCUACGAAGAGGUGGUGCUGCACACUGAGGUGGCCCAUUGGUGGUCACCUGAUGGAUCCAGGCUGGCCUACCUCACUAUCAACGACACCCUUGUCCCUACCAUGCUCCUGCCUCGCUUCACAGGCUCUCUCUACCCCAGGGGGAGGGAGUAUCCUUAUCCAAAGAUGGGCCAAAUCAAUCCUACUGUCAGGCUCUAUGUCGUCACUCUGGAUGGCAGCUCUCUCACCACUGAACUGAGACCUCCAGACAGUUUUGAAAGGAGUGAGUUCUACAUCACCAUGGUGAAGUGGGUGACACAAGAGAGGCUGGGCGUGCGCUGGGUGAAUCGAGCCCAAAACAUGUCAAUUCUUUCACUAUGUGAUGCCUUAACGGGUGACUGUAGAAAGAAACAUGUGAUGACAUCAGAGAAGUGGCUUAAUCGCCAGAAUGAGGAGCCAGUGUUUUCCAAGGACUGCGCUACAUUCUUCAUCACCAUGCCCUUAAAACACAGUGGCCGUGGGACAUUCAGCCAUAUCACCAUGAUCUCCAACCAAUCUGACGGCCAAGAGGUGAACCUCCGCCACCUGACCUCAGGAAGUUGGGAAGUCUCCCAAAUAUUGGCCUACGAUGAGAGCACAAACUCCAUUUAUUUUCUAAGUACGGAAGAGGGGGAAAGUCAGCGUCAUUUGUACAGGGUGUCCACCGUCGAUCCACUUCAUAAAGAGUGCCUGACGUGCUCCCUUUUCAAAUCCAAGUGCACCUACUACGAUGCCAUCAUCAGCCCCAACUAUCAGCAUGUUCUUCUCAACUGCAGAGGCCCUGAAAUACCCCGGACUACUCUUCACAAUCUGACUGAUAUGAACACAGAGCACAAGACUCUGGAAAGAAACAUCGAAUUAAGACGUGCGCUGGUAAACAGGACCAUACCAAGGUGGGAAAGAAGAAUGGUACAAAUCAACACCUUCGCAUUUCGUCUGGAGUUAAUUGUCCCGACAGAUUUGGAUGAAACAAAGGAGCACCCACUCUUACUGGUCCUUGAUAGUGCCCCUGGUGGCCAGGCUGUCAGUGACCGUUUCUCAAUCAGCUGGGACUCCGUCCUGGUCAGUUCGGACGACGUGAUUGUCGCCCGCCUGGACGGCCGAGGCAGCGGCUUCCAGGGUCAGAGGAUCCUGCACGAAGUUUACCAGAGAAUGGGAACUGUUGAUGUUCAGGACCAGAUUGCAGCAGUAGAGUACCUGGUCAAGUUACCGUAUAUUGAUGGCAACAGAGUGGGAGUUUAUGGAAAAGCAUAUGGAGGCUUCUUGUCUUCGCUUCUGCUUCUCGGCCACAGCUCAAUGUUCAAAUGUGGCAUCGCUGUGGCUCCUCUAACGAACUGGAGACUCCAUGGAUCAGCCCUCGCUGAGAAAUACUUUAGCUCACCAGUGAAAGAAGAUCACAAAUGCCAGAUUUCCAGUCUGCUCAGCAAUAUCACAGCAUCCAGUCAACUGAACUUUCUUAUUAUGCACGGCACAGCAGAUGCCACAGUCCAUUUCCAGCAUUCUGCUGAGCUGGUCAAACUGCUGUCUACGUCAAACGUUAACUACACACUCCAGAUUUUCCCAGAUGAAGGACACAGUAUUGUCUCCGCCAAGAGCCAGCACUACAUGCUAAACUCGGUAUCGACCUUCUUCAAGCGCUGCUUCGAGGAGGAGCAGCUUGUUGCUCCGCAGACGUCCAAAGAAGAUGACUAGUCCGUGGAAACCUCCCGUCGUGGGAAAGUUUUGUGAAGAGUGUACUGUAGCAACUUCCAUCAUGCGCCAGCAACCAGAGACGGUGUUUCCAUGGAGGGCGGCUGUCUGUAAAAGCAUUUAAUGAGCAUUGGUGAAAAACGACAGAUCUGCGGAAUGAAAGUAGCGUGACAGAAGAAGAAGUCAGCAUGGUGAAUUCAAGUGUUGUGAAGAGUAAGCUGUCAAAGGAAAGACGGUGGUGUCGUCGCUGUACUCUAAUGUUUAAGACGAGAGUUACUGUUUGUAAUGUUGGCAUCAUGUACUGAGUACAAUUGUCAGGGAAUUAAAGAGUUUUGUAUUUUUUCCAUUUUAGAGUCAACUUUUUGCUGACUGCUGUAAUCUACUGUGAAUUAAUGUGAGUAUUUACUGGAAACAAAACAUAUCCGUUCAUAUAUUACACACCAGAUAUUUAUUCAGAUAUUUUUGUCUUGCCGUGUAUUUUAAAACACGCCCCGAGGCCUGCGGACAUUCAGAAAACGUGAUCCAUGUUCUCUCUGGGUACUCCGGCUUCCUCCCACCCUCCAAAGACAUGCUUGUUAGGCUGUAGGUGUGAGUGUGAACGGUUGCCUGUGUCUCUGUGCGUUAGCCCCGUGAUAGACUGGAGACCUGUCCAGGGUGUAACCACACCUCUCGCCCAGUGACAGCUGGGAUGGGCUACAGCCCCCCUCCAGAGAACAAGUGGUUACAGGAAAUGAAUAAAUUCAUAAUUUCUUAACUAAAUGUAUACUUUUUCAGAAAAUGAAUGAAUGGCUUUAGGGGUUGUGUCAACAAGCAGUUCCUGCAGGUGCCUUUAUCUCAUUACAGUCACUAUUUUCCCAGAUUAGAGCCAAUGCAGUGUCCGUAGCAAUACAAAAAUGUGAAAACAGUUUGGGGUACUUGACAUUGUCUUAGGAUUCAGACAUAUAAGUGGUUCCAGAACAAUAUGACCAACACCUUCGGUAAUCUGAACUGCAGCAGUGCUGAUAUGUAUAGAAUUUAAAUGUUUACGACCUCACAGAGUCUCCACUGUUAAUGUAGCCUUUAACAUCCCAAAAUGUGAAAAAGCGGUUUCAAAUAGACAAACUGUAAUAUAUCAAUCUAUGCUGUACAGCGUGCUUUGUCCAGAAACAAACUCUUGUAAUGCUGUGUAUUUCCUUGAGUCACCAGAUAGUUUUCUUCUACUGCACCUACUUCUACACUUUUUGUCAAAUUGCAUCUCAGUCUCAGUUGUGUAUGUAUAUCAUGUCUUCAUUUGAAAAUAUGUUUUUUCCUGAAAUAAACUGUGAGCCUAGAUCAUCUUUUCA